AUGAAAUUCUCAACAGGCGUAGCCUUGGAAGCAAUCCACAUAAUUGUGAUAUUAACCUCUAUCUCUGAAGGACGACGUUUUCAAUGCAAGUCAACCACAAUUGCCGAUGAAGACCUUGAAUCUAUCCGUCUACUCGCAUGUAACAGCUUGCAAGCAACCAUGGGAACGUCAACAAUCGACAUUAGAUCCAAGAACAAGGACGAACUUAGCUACGAUUGGGACCUUUCCGAGCCGUUGGUGUUAGCACAAAUGAAAGAUAAAAGCAUUUCACAUGUGCAGCUCAAUAGCAAUUGUGAAAUCACAUCAAUCAGAGUGUCCAGCAAAGAGAAUGAUGAUGAAAUUUGUACAAAAGAAAAGUCUAUCCUAAAGCGUCAAGAUGGACAUGCGGUUUGCAAUGGUGUUACAUUCUGGCAGGAUAAAGUUGCAAAUACAGCUUCGACAGCCUGUGAAAAUGGGGUAAUCGAUCAGAGACAAGCGCUUGGGUUGAAAACUCACGUGCCGGCCACCUUCAAUUCUAGAGAUCACUACAUGAAACUUGUUCAAGAAUUCGAUAAAGUCUAUGAGAAGGAUUAUAAAUACCCGUCAUUUGUCGUUUUUACUCGUAAUUGUUAUGUUGUAGGAGCUAUGGUUGAGAUCAAUGGUGUAUUUGUUGGUUGCGCCUGGUAA